AACUAAAAACGUAAAUUCGUAUAGUAUUGAGGAUUUAAAGUGUAAUGAUCUGUAAUGUGGUUAUUUUUGAUAGUUUACGAAGCUUUCCAACAUUAAUGUUUUUAUCUUAAAAUUCGAACUGAAUGAAAAACUGGAUUUUGAUGAGAAAUUUAUGUACAGACGUGUAAUUUCACGUGAUUAUAGAAAUUAUCAACAUUUAUUAUUUGAAUUUGAAUAAUGGUGAUAUCACGGCAAUGCGUCCUAAUCAAGUUUUACAUGUAUGAUGUAGAUAGCGACUGGGGAUGAAGUCGACAUUUGACUUUUGACCCUAUUUUCUCAACAAGUCUCUUCACAUCUUUGCCGACAGGAUUGUAUGCUAAUGAGUGAAUUAAACCCACUUAUAGGGUAUAUAAAAGUGACAAUCUCCUCGUGACUGCUCGUCCAAUCCAACAGAGGUACUUUCCUGUGACUGAGUUCAUUCAUAUACUAGCAUACCUUUUAUGUACAUACAUAGUUUGUAAUAUAGUACGAUAUCAUUUUUACCCUCAAGGAAGAAGUCGUGUCAAGCAGACGACAAAUAAUAAAAUAUAUGUGAAACUAUAAAACUUUCAAAGUUGGAUGUAUAUAAAAUGGAAGACUUUAUGCCUUUAUGGUCAAGCUUAGAAAGAGAACAAUAUACUCUUCAGAGACUAAAUUCAUCGGGUGACGAAAUAGACAUCGGCUCUGAGGGCCAAAGGAGCAGUAGUCCGUCUAGCGUUUGGAGCACAGAUAGCAUGGACGAUGAAAUGUAUCUUGAAUAUUUGUUUUCUCAGGGAUUAGCUGACAGUUUAGAAAAGACAAUUGCUGUAAUGCCAACUAUUUCUUGCGAGGAUCAUUCACAUCUGAACAAUUUUCAUAUCAAGGAAAAUGAUAGCUCGGAAGCUGACAUAAGUGUAGUAGAACAGAAAGUUACGGAUGAUGUUUUUGGAAAUAACGAAACUAAUGAAACUGUAAACAAUGAAAAGGAUUUCGUUGUAUUAGGUGUUGGACUUCAAAACCUGAUGCACAACUAUGCAGCAAAAAAUUCUUUAGGUGUAAGUAGUACAACUGUUCAGGAAUACCAAAUAGAACUGCCAUCAAAAUCACCUACGCUUACACAUAUAAAUAAAACCUUUAUUAACCGCACACAGUUUACAUUAGCAACGAAUUCUCUACUAGCGCAAUCGAGUUUAUUAAACACUGUAAAAAUGAGAAAUAUUAAAACCUCCACACCUAGGACAAACAGUGCAACUAAAGACAAAAACGAGGAGAAAAUUUAUCACUGUACGUAUGCAGGAUGCAACAAAGUGUACAGCAAGAGCUCUCAUUUGAAAGCACACCUUCGUCGACACACCGGCGAAAAACCGUUUGAAUGCACCUGGCCUGGAUGUGGUUGGCGCUUCUCGCGCUCAGACGAACUAGCGCGACAUAAACGAUCUCAUUCUGGAAUUAAACCUUACCAGUGUAAAAUUUGUGAAAAGAGAUUUUCAAGGUCAGACCAUUUGUCCAAACAUCUGAAAGUUCAUCGAAAACGAUAGACAGUAGCUAUCAGAUUGGUCAAACAUAGGCCAUGGAUUUGUGCAAUAUUUUAUUUAACAGUUAACUGAACAUUGUUUCGUGGUUAUGCAUUUUUGUGGGAAAAUGAGUGAUUAUGGAAAUUAAGUUUUUAAGUAACAUAUGCCUCGAGCAUAAAAUGUCGCAUAUUUAAUAGCAGAACGCUCUAGUUGAAUCACAUUUUUGUGCGGAUGAGUCCCAGUUUGGAAACAAAGACGCCUGCAGAAGCUCUAGCAGCAUAAUCUGGUGGCCCUUUAAGAUGACCACAGUUUUAAAUAUCAUUCAGAAUCAAAGUUUUACAUGCCAUAUUAGUAAAAUUUAUCAAGUGACCUUUAUUAUCAUAUCAAACUACCUGACCGUAUCAAACAUUGCUGGACAAUGGACACAGAUGAAAAAGGUCAACGGUCAAGUUGUCUCAUUAUUGUAGAAUUCCCCGUUUAUAUUUUUAUACUCAGUACACACUGGUGCUUUUAUAACUAUUUUACAAAUGUUGACGUUUAAUGGACAAUUUGAUGUGAAUUUAUUAUAAAUAGAAAUUAUUUUGUUGAA